AUGCCUACUCCACUGGAUCGCGCCAUGAACUCCAAGAAUUUAUUCAUGGGUUUUGCAGGCAUGGUAACGGCUGUAGCAGCCUAUUCCAUCUGGGGCACUGAUGUCUUCCCCAGUGAAGCUGACCCCAAAGGAGAUCCCGAAGAUUGGACUGCUGACGAAAUGAGGAGGUGGCUUCGAGUUCGCGGGCUUUUGCCGACUGACAAUGCGACUCGAGAGGAAUUGUUGGAGAGAGUCAAGGCAAACCUGCGGAUACCGCGCAACUCCAAACCUCCGGUAUCCCAGUCGUAA